GUUUCUGUCUUUCUUUGUUUUUAAUCCAAUUCUCGGAAUUUCUAAGUGUCGUGUCGAGAUUUUUUAUUGUUUCUUCUUUUUCUUUUUUUUUUAUUUACCUUUUUUUCGAUUUUUUUUCCUUUUUUUUUUUUUUAUUUAUCUUCUUUCUCCAAAUCGUUCCAACAAACGGAGACAAUAAUUUUCAACAUUUACGGGAGUUUCUCUAUUCACAUCGAAUCUACAACGGAAUUCGUACAUCGAGUUUGAAGAUCUAUCAAUCGAGUAGAUAAGUUUGAUCAAUAUGGAGCAAGGCGGAAUCUCGAUAAUAUCACCGCCAGGUAUUACAGAAAAUUCCAUUGGAAAACCAACGAAAAACAUUGGACUGGCAUUGAGAUCAAACGCGGGUAUUAGGAGUGCCAAAGAGAAGCUGAAAGCACCUUGGUUAAAAAAUCUAAUAAAAGAAGAGAAGUCGAUCUACGAGACAAUCAUGGUACUUCUAGGAGAGAUUAUCGGCACUGCAAUUUUAGUUUUCAUUGGAUGCCUGAGUUGCGUAGGAAGCAUGGGUAUCGUUCCACCACUUUAUCAAAUUUCCAUGAGUUUCGGUAUUGCAGUCACGAUUGCGAUUCAGUGCGUAGGUCACAUAAGCGGAGCUCACAUAAAUCCAUCGAUCACAGUGGCCAGUUUAAUACUCGGCCUUAAGUCUCUACCUAUGACUGGCCUUUACAUUUUUGCACAAUGCUUAGGAGGAGUCUUCGGUUAUGGUUUGUUAAAGGCAAUAACACCGAGUGGUAUGUUACACGGUGGAAAUCCAGAGGAUACGAUUUCCUUCUGCAAAACCGAUUUACAUCAGAAUAUAAGUGUUUUUCAAGGAUUGUUAAGCGAAAUCAUUGCAACUGGUAUAUUGGUAUUCUUUGCAUGUGGCGUUUGGGAUCCACGAAAUGAAAAAAAUUCUGAUUCAGUACCACUGAGAUUUGGCUUUUGUGUCACCGUUCUUUGCUUCGUUUUCAUUCCUUACACCGGUUGUAGCUUGAAUCCAGCCAGAUCAAUCGCACCAGCCAUUUGGAAUGGAUAUUGGAAAAAUCAUUGGGUCUUUUGGAUCGGUCCAAUUAGCGGCGCUAUUAUAUCAUCCAUUCUUUAUCGUUGUCUCUUUUUACCUACAAUUAAAAAGAACGAAGACAAUCAAAAUACCUUGACCGGAAUAGAAACUUAAACUGAUCGAUACGCGUAAUGAUCACAAUUCGAGAGAAAAAGAGUGAAACGGAGAGAAAGAAAGAAGGAAAGAAAGAAAGAAAUAAAAAGAGAGAGAGAGAGAGAGAGAGAGAGAGAGAGAGAAAUCCUGAUCGUUUAAUCGAGCCGAAAUAAUUGGCGCUUACGAAUAAAAGGAUAAUGAAAGGAUCGUUAUCAUUUGAAGAAGGAGAGAGAAGAAGAGAGCUGAUAAGCCGAAAAGUUAUAAUAGCAUGAACAAAAAGAUCAUGUUCCUUGUUUUUUUUUUCUUUUUUCUUGUUUUAUUUUAUUUUUAUAAACUUUUCUUUCAUAAUUUUGUAGAAAAGUAAGUAAUCGAUGCAUUUUUAUCUUUUGACAAUUAGCGUUCGAUGAGAAAUCCUUCGAAUCGUUAUCGUCGUCGUCGUCGAAAUAAUUUUCUUUUCUUUUUUUCUUCCUUUACUCUUUCUUUUUUAAUUGUACAAAAGAAAUUCAUAUAGUUAAAUUUUAAGAUUUUAGAUUUAUCCAUACCCCGCCCGUCUUCCCAAUUCGCUCCAAUCCCCCGCUCUUUAUAGGCGGGAAUUUUAUAAGAAAAA